GCCGGACACGCGCAAGUCUACCGUGAACAUUUUAAUUCAUGAUCAAAAUUUAUCAGACUGUCAUCUGACGUGAAAACAACAAUGGAUCCUCUAGAUGUCCCACCUAGUCAACCGCCGCCGCCGCCGCCAAAACCAAGGCCGAAGAUAAUGCUCACGAUACCAACCCCUGUAACACCGAGGGGUCCAAACACACCGUCGUCCAUCCACUGGGGCCAAACGCAGUACUACGGAAGGGCCCCACAGACAGCGGUGUCCCACAUAUCCGACCCACACGCGAACCCCUAUUUCAACCCCUUCGUUCACAUGUAUCACAACAAAGCGUCGGAGUUUAUGUUCAAACAAUUCGAAGGAUUUAAAGACUUUACUAUGAACACAGCGAAAAGUGGUUUAAGUGUUGGUGAAAAGACUGCUUUUUGGUUUUAUAACAAGUUGAAGUUGUGGUCUAAGAAAUGGUUCACGCAUUUCUUCUUGACGUUGUGUUUAUUGGUUUACAGCAUACUUGGCGCUUUAAUGUUCCAGGCUCUUGAGGGUCCCUACGAAGAGAAGUAUAACAAAAAUAUCAUAGAUGUGAGACGACAAUUAGUCGUCAGUAUACAGGCGAAUUUAGAGAAGAAUGGAUCGCUAGUUAAGAACACAUCACUAUUCAUGUCGCUUCUAGAGAACAACGUGGCGGCUUACGAGGAAAGUUUCAAAGAAUAUUUGAAGCAUGUUAACGGCAAUAAUAAGACGUGGACCUUCUGGAACUCCAUGUUUUACGCGGGGACUAUUUAUACUACCAUAGGUUUGUAA